GUCGGCCGGGAAGCCAAUGGAGAAUCCGACGCGCCGUUUGUGUAGUAUUUCCUCAUAUCACUCGCCGCCUUGGUGUGACCAGGGAAUAUCACAAUAUGACGGCGUCUCCAGAUGAGCUUUCCUUUGAGCCUUGUAUCUUGAAGGUUUGGGGGUCUCCGUCUUGAUCGCGGAGGAACCUCUUGGUGACGUGCGUCGUCUCUGCGCGGGGCAGUCGCCCGGUGAGCGCGAUCACUUGCCAGACCCGGUGUAAAGUGUACGUCCAGCCGUUCCGGCAUCACCAGUGCUAUGAAUUCAAGCACACCACUGGUCAAACGGGACUCGGGAAGGCCGACAAGGACCAAACUAUCCCGGCGACUUCUGGGUCGCAGAUCAUCCACACGCCGACGGAGAGACUCAAACUCAGAUUGCUGAACAGGUGGGUCCGCUCUGAGCCGCUCGUCACCACCCUCCAGAAACUCCAGACGCCUCUCCACAUCAGUCAAACGUGUGGUGAUGUCCGUAAGUGUUGACGCCACAGACGCGGUGGCUUUGUACGUUUCCAGCUUGCUGUUUUGGCAGCUGGAGAUUUCUCUCAGGAUGCAGCGCGUGUUCGCGAUGUCGGAACCAAUUUUGCACUACUCACCCGCGAGGGCUUAACUUGCCGUAUUUACUCCGUUGGCGACACAGUUGUCGUUUUCCUGAGAUUGGUCCCGGUCCCCAGAAGAGAGCCACGAUGUUCGCUUUGAUGCACCGCACAAUGGCUCAGCACUCUGACCUGGACUGCAAGCUAAGGUUGGAAAAGGACACUUCACAUCCUGCUCCUGUCAACCGCGGACAGUGGUCCAGCAAGACUGAUUUUCUCCUGGCUGUCGCUGGAGAGAUCAUCGGGUUAGGGAACAUGUGGCGGUUUCCUUACCUGUGCUACAAAAACGGAGGCGGUGUGUUCUUUAUUCCAUACGUCAUCUUCCUCUUCACCUGUGGUAUUCCUCUCUUCCUGCUGGAGACAUCACUGGGACAGUACACCAAGCAGGGAAGUAUUACCUGUUGGAGGAAGAUAUGUCCACUUUUUGAAGGUCUGGGAUACGGAUGUCAGGUGGUGGUCCUGUACUCCAGCAUCUAUUACAUCAUCAUCCUGGCCUGGGCUUUUCUCUACCUCUUCUCAUCCUUCAACUCGCAACUCCCCUGGUCCAGUUGCAGCAACACUUGGAACACAGAGAGGUGUGUGGAGUUUGAUCGGAAUGAUGUUCUGUUCAACAUAACUGUGCCGGCCAAUGCCACAUCACCAGUGAGAGAGUUCUGGGAGAGACAGGUUUUAAAUCUCACAGGAAGCAUUGAGGAAUUGGGGGGGGUGCGAUGGGAGUUGGCGCUGUGCCUCCUCCUCUCCUGGGUCAUAUGUUACUUCUGCAUCUGGAAAGGAGUCAAGUCGACUGGAAAGGUGGUGUACUUCACAGCCACGUUUCCGUACCUCAUGUUGCUGGUGUUGCUUGUCCGUGGUCUCACGCUUCCUGGAGCCUUGGACGGCAUCAAGUUCUACCUGUAUCCAGAUCCAACCCGCCUCUUGGACCCGCAGGUGUGGAUGGAUGCCGGAACACAAAUAUUCUACUCCUACGCCCUUUGUAUCGGGUGUCUGACUGCGCUUGGCAGUUAUAAUAAAUACAAUAACAACUGUUACAGGGACUGUGUGUACUUGUGCCUUCUAAACAGUGGCACCAGUUUUGUGGCAGGUUUUGCCAUUUUCUCCGCCCUGGGUUUCAUGGCCUUCGAGCAGCAAACGGACAUAGCCACAGUAGCAGAAUCAGGUCCUGGUUUGGCCUUCAUUGCCUACCCUCGUGCGGUGGCCAUGAUGCCGCUCCCUCAGCUGUGGGCGGUGUUCUUCUUCGUCAUGAUCAUCCUGCUGGGUCUCGACAGUCAGUUUGUACAACUUGAAUCUCUGGUGACGGCCAUCUCUGACAUGAAACCGUCCUUCUUCCACGUGGGCCAUCGCCGUAAACUUCUGCUGCUGUUCAUCAGUGUUUUCUGUUUCCUCAUUGGCCUCAUCAUGGUGACAGAAGGCGGCCUCUACAUCUUCCAGCUGUUCGACUACUACUGCUGCAGUGGAAUGACGCUCCUCCUCUUCGCCAUCCUGCAGUCUGUGUCAGUCGCUUGGGUCUAUGGAGCGGAUCGUUUCUAUGACAACAUUGAGGACAUGAUAGGACACAGACCAGCGCCGCUCAUCAAGUACUGCUUAAAGUUUAUCACCCCAGUCAUCUGCAUGGGAACCCUUGUUUUCUCUUUAGUUCAGUUCACCCCACUGAAAUUUAACAACACCAUGGAGUAUCCCUGGUGGGGCACCACGCUGGGCUGGUUGUUCACACUCUCCUCAACACUCAAUGUUCCCCUGUGGAUGCUCUAUAAUCUGUGGAGAACACCGGGAACAUUACGACAGAGAUUUGCCACCUUGUGCACUCCGUCCGACGACCUUCCUCUGUGCAAGAAGAGGAAGAAAGCACUUGAAAUGGAAAGCCUGGCCCUGAAUCCUUCACCAGCUUUCUGAGAACUUUAGCCAAAACGAAAGUAGCCUCACAGCACAGACACUUCUCACUUGUGCUCUCUAAUCAGCAAAGUUCUAUCCAUGUUGUAAAUGUGCUGUAAUGUAAAACCUUUGACUUGAGGGUGGAACAGGACAAGGUGGAUAACUGUUCAUGACUGUGAAACUACAUUUGCACUUUAUCAGCAGUUGGUGUAUGUAAAAAUCUAUCUGCUCGCUUUGAUACUGAUCCAAUCCUGAGGCUCAGGGAAGACAUUGUAUAUUAUUUACUAUAAGAGCAACAUAUUUAGAUUUUUAUUAAUAUUGUUAUUAAUAAGAUUUAUUUUGUUUAGGGUUUCAGGGUUGAUCUAACUUUGUCUGUUUAUAAGCCUUCACAAGCAGUUGAUCAUGUUACUGCAAUAGGUUUGCAUGACUGUGAUAUAUUGAUGUUUACGGUGCGAUUGUUGGGCUGUCAGUGAAUGCAUUCAAAAAUAAUAAUCAUGACAAUAAAAAGAAAUACAUUUGUCA